CAACCUAGAAAUUCAUCCUGGUCUAUGACAUAACUACACUGGAGAGAGAGCCAAGGAGGCCAAGGCUAGAGUUGUACAAGAUUAUGAAGGGCAUAGGUAGGACAGGUAGCAAGAAACUUACCCCCAUGACAGAGGUCAAAGAGCGUAAGGUGAGGACAAAGAGAUUUAGAGGAGACCAGGGGAUUUUUUUUUCCCACUCAGAAGGUAGUUACAAUUUGGAAUGCACUUCCUUAGCAGGUGGUAAGGUCAGGUACUCUCACAACAUUUAUGAAGCACUUGAAUCACCAAAAGGUAAUGGGCUUUGCACCAAAUGCUGGUAAAUGGGAUUAGUAACAAUAGGUAAGACUGUAAGGCCACCGAAACAUAGGAGCAGAAGUGGGCUAUUCAGCCCAUCAAGUCUGCUCUGCCAAUCCAUCAUGGCUGAUUUAUUACCUUUCUCAACCACAUUCUCCUGCCUUCUCCCUGUAACCUUUGAUGCCCUGACUAAUCAAGAACCAAGAAGUACUUGAAUGACAUUAUUGAUGUGGUGUGGUCAUAGGGCAUGAUUCUGUGUGGUCCGAAUCUACUGCCCCGUGAUCACGUCUACGCAUUAUGCUCUGCCUCUGAACUUUGGUCCUACUUAACUCAAGGACUGACUUACUGGUAUGUUUACAUUGUGGGUUUAGUACAAAAUCUCUAGGCACGUCUCCAGCAGUGCAACAACUGUUCUGUGCUGCUUUGAGAUGCUCAUCCAGACCUUGUGCUCAAGUCCUUGGAAUGGAACUUAAAUGUAAAGCUUUCCAAUGAGCUCAUCACACUGUCAUCUCCAAGAUGGGCUCCAGUCAUAGGGAAUAUUAUUUUUAACUUCAAUGCAUGACAUUCAAGUGACCAUUUCUAAGAAACAGUAUGCAUGAAGGCCUUAGUGAAGGAAACGUGCACAAAGAGAUAAGAUGUUCUUGUGGUAGGACCAGACAAGAGGGUAGUGUUUCCUUACAGUCGGAGAAGGAAUACUGGUUUCAUUCACUUCGAGGAUCAAGUCUGAAGCCUUUCUGCCUGGGGUUGCCACACAAAUUGAACUCAGAAACUGUUUGGAGCUGCUACAAAAUGAAUUGCAGCAUAUUGCUGAGGGCCAUAUUGCUUUGCGUCUUUUGGAGCAGACAAGAAGCUAACAGGUCCUUGGACUAUGACGAUUACAAUGAUACUGAAUCCAUUGUUUCAGAGGUCAAAGCUGAAACACAUUCAGUACCAAGCGUGAGUGACAUCAUGAGAGGAUAUAGACCCAACGUGCACAGAGCAAAUGGCUCCAAUGAGACGAUCUACACUGUGACGGGGACAGUCAGAAACCAGCUCACUGGUCUCACCACCACAGUUACCAUCCCAGGCCUUUAUGUCUUAGUGUUCACCAUUGGGCUCCCUGCCAAUGGGCUAGGACUCUGGGUACUGGCAACAAAAAUCAGAAAAUUACCUUCCACCAUCUUCCUCAUCAGCCUGGCAACUGCAGAUCUCCUCCUGAUCCUGAUGUUACCAUUCAAAAUCUCCUACCACUUUCUGGGCAACAACUGGCUGUUUGGCGAAGCCCUGUGUCGGACGACGACCGCCUUCUUCUACGGGAACAUGUACUGCUCCAUCCUGCUCCUCACCGUCAUCAGCGUCGACCGAUACUUUGCUCUGGUGUAUCCUUUCACCUCCCGGCAGUUCAGGGACAACGCAUUUGCCAUCAGCGUCUGCUCGUCGAUCUGGGUGAUCGCCGCACUCCUGGUUCUGCCAUUUCUCUUCAAGGAGCAGUUGCUCAGCAUCGACAACCUGAACAUUACGACCUGCCACGAUGUGUUGCCAGUGGAUAGUCAGGCUGGGUAUUUCUUCUACUACUUUGUAUGUUUGGUUAUCAUGGGAUUUUUGAUCCCAUGCUGUAUCACUGUCUUUUGCUACGGUUCUGUAAUCAAAACUUUAAUAGUCAAUGAGAAGAGUUACAUGCAUGCUGCGAUAGUCACUUUCCUGAUUUUACUGGUGUAUGUUGGGUGCUUCGCUCCCAGCAAUAUAAUCCUCCUAAUUCACCACUCGGAGUACCACCAUACGAACGAGAGUGAGCUCUACAUUUAUUACAUGGUCUGCAUGGUUGUCAGCAGCUCCAGCAGCUGCAUUGACCCUUUCAUUUACUAUUACAUUUCUGAUGAAUUUAGGGUCAAGGUGGUGCAUGUAAUUUGCUGCAGGAAGGAGCAGCGGGGCCUGCUGUCUGGGAGGACCACCCAGGAACUCCUGAACACUCACACCUACACCUCACACUCCAGAGCUGGGAUGUCCGUGAAAGACGCCUGAUUCCGCGCAGGACCUGAAAGGGUUUCAAAGACCCAAAGGAAGAAAUCAAUCCACUGACUAUGAACUGAAAAAUAUACCAUCAGCACUGAAUGCUUUCAGCAUCAAAUCAACAAUGGAAUUGAAAAUGGACCAGAUUCUGUUGGUUCAGAUUAAUUUAGCAGAUUAUGUUUUUAUUCUCAAAUAUCACCUAUUCAGAAUUUUGAAAACCAGAAUUUAUGUUUCCUUCAAUAUUGUUAUAUUGUUUACAAAGUAGCAGGAAUGAAAAUGAGCUGGUGACUACCCCACAGCGUCUUUCAGAACACAGCUCCCUCCUGCCAGAUUUAACCGCACUGCACUUUUUCCAUAGCUGCAACACUAUAUCCUGCUUCUCUCUAUACUGCCACAAUGUAUGGCCUGAUCUGACUGGUUGGUAUGCACCACGAAGGCUUCUCACUCCAUUUACAUGUGACAGUCGCAAAACCAAAACCAAUAUGGUGUCUCACUCUCAAAAUGCUGGAGGAACUCAGCAGGCCAGGCGGCAUCUGUGGAGAGGAAUAAGCAGUUGACGUUUCAGGCUGAGGUCCUUCACCAUGACGCCUCUCCAUAGACACUGCCUGACCACCAGAAUUUUGUCUGCAUUGCUCUGGGAUUCCAGCAUCGUCUCACUGUGCUUCUUGGUCAGUUCACUUCAGAUGGUCUGGUUCUGGACUACUGUGAGAAGUUCCUCAUAGUCAACCCUAUUUUUUGGCUCUUAUAUUUUGUAUACUUAAAUCAAAUUCCCCCACAACUUCCUCGACUCCUAGAAAUCAAACCCAGUUUAUCCGGUCUCCUCUCAUAAGAGAAACAACACAAUCCCAGGGCAACAUUGUGGUGAAUCUGCUCUGCACCCUCUCCAGUAUAAGCACCUCGUUCUAAUAGUACAGAUAUGAGAAUUACACAAAGUACUCCAGUCUUGGCUUAAGCAAUGUUUUGUACAGUUGUGUGAUAAUCUCUGUUUUAUAUUUGAAGCCUUAUUAAAAAGACAGGGAGCUCAAGUCACUGACUUGGCCAUCUAUCCACCUGGGCUGCUACUUUCAGGGAUCUUUGUACACCAAGGUCCUCCUCUUCCUCAAUACCUCAUAGGGCCCUAGCUUUAUUAGUCCUCCAAAAGUGCCUCCUAUUUAUCAGAAUUAAAUUCUACCUGCCAUUGUUCAGCCAAUCUCAGAAACUCAUCAGUAGUAUCCAAUAGCCUUAAAAUUACCAUCCUCACUCUCAGUGCCACAACCAAAUUUGGUGCCACUAAUCAUACCUUCCCUACCAUAUCCUAAUAAUUAAUGUAAAUAAUGAACAGAAGGAUUUCCAGGCCAACCCUGUGGUACAUUGCUGUUUGCAGGCUCCCAUGUGUAAACCUGAAAGUAGCAGCCUACCGCCCGUCCCCACGGGUAUAUUUAAACUUGUGUAAAAAUGUAAGCACUGUAUCUGACGCAAACCUGUGCAACAAAUAAAAACAGAUCAUAUGGAUGCCUUU